AACUAUGGCAUCUUUCCAAUCAGCAUUUGCUCAAACGAUUCAAGUCAUUCUUAGAGCUCUAUCGCCAAUUCCUAAGUAUUCCGUCACUCCCGGAAACGAUGACACCACCAAAGAUACAGGUCUACUCCAAGAUCUCCUUGAGCUCGGGCAUGAAGACGUGAAAACACUUGGUGAUCUUGUCAAAAUUGCCGCGACAGGCGAGGAAGACGACAACAGCUUGUUCCUUGAGCGCCUGAUCACUCUUUUAGCUAAACUACCUCCUCACUCUCAUGUCGGGAAACAGCUUACUAAUGGGUUUGUCAACACACUCUGGGACUCGCUGGAGCAUCCACCACCUCGGACGUUAGACAAAGACCUGAAAUAUAGAGAGGCAGAUGGUUCCUAUAACAAUUCGCGUGAUCCUCUACUAGGUGCUUCGGGAACACCUUGUGCCCGCACUGUCUCUACGAGCGUGUUUCAGAACCCUGACCUGCCCGAGCCAGGAAUAAUAUUCGAUAGUAUCAUGUCUCGUGGCGACGGAACUCACUUUCGCGAACACCCAAACAAGAUUUCUAGCAUGUUUUUCUAUCUUGCCACCAUUAUCACGCACGACUGCUUCCAGACCGACGCAAAAGAUCAAAACAAGAAUAUGGCAUCGUCUUAUCUUGACUUGUCUCCAUUGUACGGUAGUAACAAAGAAGAGCAAAUGGCUAUGAGAACUUUGAAGAAUGGAUUUUUGAAGUCAGACUGUUUUGCAUCCAAGCGUGUGCUCGGCAACCCACCCGGCGUGGGCGCGUUCCUGAUUAUGUUCAAUCGAUUUCACAAUUACGUUGUGACACAACUUGCACACAUCAAUGAAAAUUGCCGUUUCAAGAAACCGGCGUCAGCUCACGACGACAGAGCUUGGAAAGAAUACGAUAACGAUCUCUUCCAGACCGGACGCCUAAUCACUUGUGGUCUUUAUGUUAACAUAAUUCUGAAAGACUACGUGAGAACAAUCUUGAACCUGAACCGCUCGGGCUCCACUUGGGACUUGGACCCUAGAACACAGGAGAACAGGAGCGCAACAAAUAGCAACCCUGCAUCCGUAGCGACAGGAAACCACGUUUCAGUAGAGUUCAACCUUAUCUAUAGAUGGCACAGCGCUAUAUCGCAACGCGAUGAGAAAUGGACAACCAAUCUACUACGUGGGAUACUGGAAGGAGUCGAUCCCGCAAAGGCAACAAUUUCAGAAAUGCUUACCGCUCUCACCCGAUUUGAGAAGGGGAUACCGGACCGCCCAGAGGAAAGACCCUUCGCUGAACUCAAGAGAGAUACCGACGGGACGUACUCAGACGAUGAUCUUGUGGAUAUUCUUGCCUCGUCUGUCGAGGAUGUCGCGGGUGCUUUUGGUGCUAGCCAGGUACCAAGUGUCAUGAGAAUUGUCGAGUUGCUGGGCAUCACACAGUCAAGAAAUUGGCAUGUCGCUACUCUCAAUGAGUUCCGGCAACAUUUCGGCCUCAAGAAACAUGAAACAUUUGAGGAUAUCAACCCAGAUCCAGAGAUCGCCGAGCGCUUGAUGGCACUCUAUGAUACGCCAGAUUCAGUUGAGUUAUACCCAGGUAUUGUGGUGGAAAAGCCUAAACCGCCAAUGUCUGGUUCCGGAUUAUGUAUUGGCUACACAACUUCUCAGGCAAUCCUAUCAGAUGCUGUAGCACUGGUUAGAGGCGAUCGGUUUUAUACUAUCGAUUAUACGCCCAGGAACCUAACAAACUGGGGCUAUAACGAGUCAAACUUCGAUCUCAGCGUCAACCAAGGCCACGUUAUGCAUAAACUCAUCUUCAGAGCUUUCCCCAACCAUUUCGUAUACAACAGCAUAUAUGCCCACUUUCCUUUUGUGUCUCCAGCGGAGAACAUGGGGAUUCAUAAAAAUCUUGGUACUGUCCAUGCAUACUCCUGGGCACGACCAGAAAGGAAGCCGGAUCCGGUGAUCAUCAAAUCACACAAGGCCGUUAUGCACGUGUUGAACAACAAUACGGACUUCUAUGUACCUUGGGGCGAGGCUAUUUCCUAUCUCGUCAGCCCUCCGCAAAAAACUUUUGCGAAGGACUUUUGUCUUUCGGGAGACGGUUUCGCCAAUCAACAUAAUCGUGAACAUGUUAGCAAGUGCUUGUAUCAACCUAAAGAAUGGGAGAACGAGAUAAAAUAUUUCUUCACGCAUACUACCCGCAAUCUUUUGAUGAAGUCUCGGCAGCGAUUGCCUUUUACGCCCAUCGAAUCCAACCCAAAUGUUUUUGAGGUCGACAUCGUUCGCGACGUCAUUGUUCCAGUGAACACACGUUUCGUAGCUGAGUUCUUCGCGCUUCCUAUCAAGACGGUAGAGACAUCACCCCAUGGUAUUUACACCGAACAAGAGCUUUAUGGACUACUCACAGCCAUGUUCACCACUGUGUUCUUCGAUAGCGACCCAGCCAAUUCUUUCAAACUGCGGACUUUGGCCAAGGAACUUGCAUUGGGCUUGGAAAAGCUUGUCCGGCUCGAAGCUGAGACCGAUUACCGCGCUGGGUGGCUCACGGGCAUGGCUACCCGGCUUGGAUUUGGCAGAUCCCAUCCCAAAAGCCCCGAACGGAACGAGGGCGAUGAUGUGAACUGGCCAAGUUUACCAGAUUAUGGGCGCCAACUUCUCUCACGCAUGAUGGAAAAAGGCAAGAGCAUUGAAGAGUGCAUUGCCGGAACUGUUAUGCCCAUCUCAGCUGCUGGCACGACAAUCAUGUCGGGUAUUCUGUCACAAUGCUUGGAUUAUUUCCUUGGCGCGGGAAAUAAACAUUUACCGGAGCUGUACCGCCUAGCUCACGAAAAUACAGCCGAAGCAGAUGAUAAGCUCCUGCACUACAUGCUCGAAGGCAUCAGACUUCGGGGCACAGUCGUAUUAGCUCGCCAGGUUCCUAACAUGCGUCCUGCACAAAACAUAAGAGAUGACGUGCCAUGUCUUCCUAAUCCGGCAGAUCCCACCGGACCUUCACCCAUCCCCAACCCCAAUCGUGCAUCUUCGUUACGCAGCUAUACGGUAAUGCCAACACAACGUGCUAUCGUUGAUCUAGUCACAGCCUCUCACGACCCAUUGGCAUUUCCAGACCCAGAGGCAUUAUCGCUCGACCGACCACUUUCGUCAUACUUGCCCUGGGGAGCUGGACCACACAAGUGCCUAGGCGAUGGCGUUACACGCGUUGCGCUUGCAGCAGCUUUCAAGGUGAUUGUUGCUUUGCCGGGUUUGAGAAGAGCCCCUGGGCCGAGGGGUGAAAGCAAAAGUCUAGAGUUCAAGGAGUGGAGAGGACAAGUUGGAAGAAAGGCAGUUGAAGGUGGCGGCGAAGAAUGGACAGGACUGAGAGUAUACAUGACGCCGGACCAGACCAGAUUUUCACCGGUGCCGACAGGAUUGAGAGUACGAUGGAUGAUUAAUGCCCCGUCUAAUCAGAAGAGAGACAUCGCUGACACGGACUGGGUUAGUGUAAAGGGCCAGAAUUGAAAACGAAGGAGCUAAGUGAAGCUGAUUUAGAGUAUAGUUUUGUUUUUACAAUGUUAAAGAUAU